UUUCACUUGAAGCAGGACUCAGUCUUACACUUUUUCUCUCUCUCUCUCCUACUAUUUUCGUUUGCCCCUCGACCUUCUUGGGCUUCUUCGACACGCGAUACACUUUCUGGUCUACCCUAAAAAUCGAUACCGUCCAAAUCUUGUCUUAAAAAAAAACGAAAUAAGUAAAUUGAAAUCUCUAUUUUGUCUCUUUCGUGUGCAAUACUUCUUCGUUUUAUCUUUUUGGAAAGAAUCGAUAAUCAUUCGAAAAUGGGUUGUGGUGCCAGUAAGCCAGCUGCGAGCAGCUCCGCUGGAGCUGAUGCUCCCGUCGCAACGCCGAGCGCAGCCGCGGCUGCUGCUGCGCCGGCUGCUGCGGCUCCUGCCGCUGCGCCAGCGGCACCAGCAGGGUCUCUGGAUCUGGCCAGGAUCUUUAAACAGUUCGACACCAACAAAGAUGGAAAAUUGGAUAAGAACGAACUGAAGCGAGGCCUCAAGUCUCUGGAGUACUACACAAUUGAUGACUGACUUUAUCUUUUUUGAAAGAAGCUAAUUUUAUGCAAAUCCUAGGACGCCUGCGGAGGAUCGAUGCUGUAGCAUAGACAGUCUUCGUUCGUAGGUCGUCGUAUGUAGAAACAAUGCAAGCGAGGUUCUUGCGUGGCGUGAGCGUGUUGCAUGAAUGAUAGUUCUCGAUAACAAACUUGAUUCUUCGAUGAAAUGCCUUUUUCAUCAGGUCGUGUACUUACUCAACAAAUUGAAAAUUCGUAAAAAUAGGUUGAACGAUUUGGACAUCAACGAAGUGAUGCGAACCAUGGGUGACGGCAAGGUGAUCGCGCAGGACGAAUGGGAAUCAAAGAUGAUGCCGCAGAUUCAAGAAGCCUGCGCCAAAUUUGUUGAUGCGGAUGGUCACUAAUCUCUAACACCACACUUUCUUGAUUAAAGCAAGUAUCUGAUCGUGGCACAUAUCUUGCGCAUAAUAUUUGUGCUUCUUGCAUCUGAAGACUCGGUUCGACAUAACACAGGUAAGAAAAUAGAAAGACAGCAUCAAAAAUCCAAAACAAUUUACUAUCAGUGAAGCAAAAUGACAACUGUAUUUUUGAACUGAAAAAUGAUUUCUAUUCGUAGAUUUGUGGCCGAAUGUGCGGUCUUAUGCGCCCCCAGUAUGUAACUUGGAUGAUUUUUAUAUAGGUUAAUUAAUUGUUUGAAAGGUUGGGGGCAUAUAGUCCUAACGCAAAAAAAAAAACUCUACGGAUGCUACGGACAGCACUAUCAGAGACGCACACGUGACAAUGUGAAAUGAUUUCUUUCGAACCUUCUACUUGUACAGGUGUGAUCUCGACGUUCCGUCCGGUGUUGAAUAUUGCUAAAGUUUUCCAGCAGUUCGAUUCGGAUUCCAGUGGUAAGCUUUCAAUGGAUGAAAUGAAGGCAGCUUUUGGCGCGUUGAAUCUUGGGGACGACGUGAUGCAAGAGAUCUUCUCGAAAAUGGACACCGACGUGGACGGCGAAGUGGACCUCAAUGAGUGGCGAAAGAACCUGGACACCAAGAUGUACCAGCGCAUACAUGCUGCUCUGGAUGGAAAGGUUAAGGCUAGAAAAAUUGUCAAUCAUCGACCUGUAGAAGUUCCGAAUCAUUUCCUGAAUGCUGGCAAGAAAAUGAAAUGAGGUCUUGCUUGAAAAAUUGUGAGAAUGAAAGAUUCGUGUCAAUCGGACGACCGCACUAGUCACAGGUGUUUUAGGAUGAUGAGAAACUACUUUUUCCCUCUUCUAAAAUUGGCCUGGUUGAGGGUCUCAGCGCCGACCACAUGGCGAAUGCUGCAAGUGGUAAGAAGGGAAAAAAGAACAAGAAGGCAGAUAAAGAGGAAGAAGCUCCAGCUGCGAAAGAGGCUCCAGCUGCGGAAGAAGCUCCAGCCGCGGAAGAAGCUGCAGCUCCAGAAGCGGCGCCAGCACCUCCAGAAGAACCGGCUGCCGAGGAAGCGCCAGCUGAAGAGUAAGUUGUCCGUCAUAUAAGGUCAGCAUGGACUCUGCAUAUGACAACACGCAUCAAAGAAAAUGCGUAAGAAUUUAUCUUUUACAAGACUUGAGAUGGUAUGUCAUAUGUGAUAAGUAGCUAAACGCUUAAAUUCGUAGAAAAGUGAAAAAUGGCAUGCACAUUAAUUAGUAAUUCGAGAAGCGUGCCGCGCUUGUUUGUCACAUAUGCAAUUGUACUGUAAAGGGGUGAGUAGAGGUUGAGUCAGAAGUUGCUGACUACUACGUGCAGCCAUGUGAUUUUCCGCAUUGUUUGCUGCUAUGGACGAUCUUUCUUAUUUUUUUCUGUCGAAGAUUACUUAGUUGGUGAUUCAUUGCUCAUCAGUACUGACCAUUUCUUUCUUGUUUUGACGAUAGAAUGAUAACCACUUAGUAGUUUAGAUGCUAUGAGUUUCAAUUUCUGGCUUACCAUCUAGUUCAGUGAACAUGGUUGUCGCUGGUGAUGAUAUAUUGAGUCAAACAUUGUUCACGGUGUAGACUUGGUUCAGAAGUGAUUCCACAAGAGCACGGUAAGAGUUUUCGUUUUUCAUAGUAUUUGCAUGUACUUAGAUGUACGUAGAUGGAAUUAACAGAAAGAAGAUGUAUAGUCAUACGGCUUGUCACAACGAUCGAAAUAUAAACUAAUUGCUCAGG